CUCCAUCCGGGUCCUGUAGCCUCGUUCCCGGGCUGUAUAAAGUUCGCCGGCCCCUUUGUUCGUUCUCAUUGCGUAGUUGCGUCUGUCCUAUUCUUGUCGUCUGGGCAGCUCGGGGGACUUUGGAGAACGAGGGGGGCUGGAACGCGUGCGUACAAAGCCGAAUUUAGAGCGCGUGGUGGUGGCGGCGGGAAGCCGAAGCGGGUGAAGCCAGAAGUAACCAGAGAGCCUAGCGCCCUCACUUGCCCCUCCUGCCUAAUCGGUGCGUAGGAGAUGCCCAGCGGGAGGCUUUCGCUGCACUCCCCCCAGUUAGAAUAUAACAAAGUCAGAAUGGUUGAAGCAGAUCGUCCAGGGAAACUGUUCGUAGGUGGACUCAAUACAGAGACAAAUGAGAAGGCUCUUGAAGCUGUAUUUGGGAAAUAUGGGAGAAUAGUGGAAGUACUUCUGAUGAAAGACCGGGAAACCAGCAAGUCCAGAGGAUUUGCUUUUAUCACUUUUGAAAGUCCUGCAGAUGCAAAAGAUGCUGCCAGAGACAUGAAUGGGAAGCUCCUCGAUGGAAAAUCAAUUAAAGUUGAACAAGCCACCAAGCCAACAUUCGAAAGUGGUGGUAGGCGUGGGCCACCACCUCCACCUAGAAGCAGAGGCCCUCCAAGAGGCCUUAGAGGAGGAGGAAGAGGAGGAAGUGGUGGAGGAACAAGGGGGCCACCAUCACGUGGAGGACACAUGGACGAUAGCGGAUAUUCUCUUAACUUCAACAUGGGGUCUUCCAGGGGACCUCUUCCAGUAAAAAGAGGCCCACCACCACGUAGUGGUGGGGGUCCUCCACCUAAAAGAUCUGCACCUUCAGGGCCAGUGCGCAGCAGUAGUGGAAUGGGAGGAAGAGCUCCAGUAUCACGUGGGAGAGACAACUAUGGAGGUCCACCCCGAAGGGACCCAAUGCCAUCUAGAAGAGAUGUUUAUAUGUCACCAAGAGAUGAUGGAUAUAAUACUAAAGACAGCUAUUCAAGCAGAGAUUAUCAAAGUUCUCGAGACAACAGAGAUUAUGCUCCACCUCCAAGAGAUUAUGCAUACCGUGAUUAUGGUCAUUCCAGUUCACGUGAUGAUUAUCAAUCUAGAGGAUACAGUGAUCGUGAUGGCUAUGGUGGUCGUGAUAGAGACUAUUCAGAUCACCCCAGUGGAGGCUCCUACAGAGAUUCAUAUGAGAGUUAUGGUAACUCACGUAGUGCUCCACCUGCUCGAGGGCCCCCGCCAUCUUAUGGUGGAAGCAGUCGCUAUGAUGAUUACAGCAGAGAUGGAUAUGGUGGAAGCAGAGAAAGUUAUUCAAGCAGCCGAAGUGAUAUCUACUCAAGUGGUCGAGGAGAUCGAGUUGGCCGACAAGAUAGAGGGCUUCCCCCUUCUAUGGAUAGGGGAUACCCUCCUCCACGUGAUUCAUACAGCAGCUCAAGCCGCGGAGCACCAAGAGGUGGCCGUGGAGGAAGUCGAUCUGAUAGAGGAGGAGGCAGAAGCAGAUAUUAAAAAGAAAACUUAAGUUUUUGGACCAAAACCCCCUUUCAAAAAAAAAAAAAACAAAACAAGUGGAGCUUGUUCUAUCUUUACUACCAGAGGACUACUAAAAAGGAAACAAAAUUGUUUUUCCUUUUUUUAUUGCCUGUUAAGUUCCCCUCCAUGAUUUUUAUGCUUUUGUGAAGAACAAGUUAAAGCAAUGUUUAAUUUCA